CCUAACCAUAUACUUUAUACCGUAAACAACGAACCAUCAAAGAUUACUUAUAAAGUUUACUAGAAUUGUUGUGACUUCAAUCAUAACUCUACUCGAUAACCUAUACCCUAUACUCGGGUUGCGAUUUGUUCGGUUCAGCGCAUCAAAUUAGUUACUUCUGGCUCGUUAAUACAACAUACACAUUUUUUUUACACUAACUAAAACAUCUUUCAGAAUUUUUAGCCAACUUAAUGAUGUUCACCUAUGAUGAUGUUAACUAGUCUCGAGUAGUUUUAUGUUAGAAUUUUGUGUCGGGUAGGCAAGCCAACAGAUCUUUUGAAGCCUUCCCAAAUCCCAUUGUAAUUCGAGGAGGAAGCUGCUCAUGUGGUUGCUCAAGGGUGAGACUUUGAGUAGAUAAAUCAUAAACAUAGCCACCUGAGCCCUCUGAGUAGAUAAAUCAUAAAAGGUCUCUUCAUUUGCUUGAAGAAUUGGAAAAUAGUGAUGUCUGUUGUUGUAAUGUUACAAGAAGAGUUUCCCUACUCUUUUUUUUUUUUUUGCUUUUGUAUUUGAUCAAGUAUGAGUCCAUUAAUUUUAGAUUUACCUAUUAUUUUCUAAAUGAUGUUACCAUUGUCGGAAAUGAUGAAUUCCAAUGCUGUUGAAUGAUUUUAUGAAUGUAGAGGGAAGGGAAUGGAAGGAGAGUAGUAGAUUGUUAAUGAAGAUUAUUAUGGUAUUUGCUUUUUUAUGUUACCAAAUACCAUAUCAAAAUAAUUAAUUGAUUUUUUCAUCCAAACAAGAUAAUUUAACUCCCAAUUUCUCCAAAUAACAUACAAAUACCACAUGUACAAAAAGUGAGUUAUUUCACCUUACAUAUACCAAAUUGAAAAUUAACCCAUCCAAACAACCCCUAUAUAUUAUAUAAUAUUGUAAUUAUUCGGGUCAAAAGGAUGGUUUCGGGUUAGUCGGGUUUGAGUCAAUCGGGUUGCGGGUUAGUUGGGUUCGGGUUUAAUCGGGUUGCAGAUCAGCAGAUUCGGGUUUAAUCGGGUUGCGGGUUGAUCAGGUUACGGGUCAUUGACUUUUAGUCAACUUGGGUUGCGGUCGGGUUCCAGGUUGGGUAAAACGGGCGGGUUACUUAGGUCGGGUUAUGUUUUGACAAUUAUAGAUUUCAUGAUGGAAUUGGUUAAUUAGAUUUGUAUGUAUAAAGUGAAAUUUACCUUUAUUGAUAUGAGAAGAGAAAUGAAAUAGAAGGGGUAGUUUGGUCUUAAAUGAUGGACUUCAAAGUCCAUGAUCAAUUCCCACCUAAAUAUUUGAAACUUUCAAGUCCGUGGGGUCCACGGAUUUGGACCCUUAAAGUUCGUGGGACCCACGGAUUUGUUGCCUCCUAUUGCAUGAAGCAAACAAUGGAUUUCGGACAAAGUCCAUGAUGGAUCCAAAAUCCUCACCAAAUCCAUCACCAAAUCCACCAAGCAAACAAGUGUCGGGAUACGAAGGUUAAGAAUCGUUUGCGUCGUUUAGGAUUUCAGGACUCUAUUAUAGUUAGUCCGGUUAAUACUGCAGUGGUAUGGCAGUGGCUUGGACCUCUGAAGUAGUCUGUACUGUUUAGCGUCAGUCUGAAUCUUUUCUAUUUGUGAAUAGUGUUCAUAAGGUUUAUGGAGCUAUACUCUUUGUCUUUGUUCAUCUUGCUUGUAAUGAAGAUCAGCGUUUGGCUCAAUUAAAUGAAAUUUCCGUUGGUCUUUUUUCUAUUGCCUUGUCAUAUUUCAUUUUUGGUGACUUUAAUUGCCUCUUCUAUGCUAUUGAGAAGGUUGGUGGCCGACCCCCAACUCCUCACGCUUUGUCAAUGUUGCAAAAUUUUCUUGAUCGUCAUAUAAUUUGCAGGAUCUUGGAUUUCAAGGGAUUCCUUUUACUUGGUCGAAUAGACGCUCAUCCACUGAUCACAUUAUGGAGAGACUCAAUCGAUGUUUGGCUACCUCAUUGGCUCUCUCCUCCUGGGUGGGUAUGAAAGUUCUUCAUCUUUCUGAUUUAGGCUUUGACCAUCGAAUGCUUUGUCUCCAAAUACAUCCGGCAACGGCAAGGACUAAGGCCAACUUUUAUUUCGAUUGUCGUUGGAUUGUCAACCUUGAUGCAAUACCCUCCGGGAGGCUUACAGGAGGAAAUAUAUUGGCAACAGAAGUCGCGGGUUCAUUACCUCAUGGAAGGAGACUCGAAUACUCAAUUCUUUCAUCUCACGACUUUAGGCAGAAGACGCAAGAAUCAUAUUUUAGUCUAGUGAGAUGAGAGUGACGUACAUACGGAAGAGGCUGCUAAAGGUUAUGUAGUUGUUAGCUAUUUCCAAUACUUGUUUAGAUUUGAAUGUUCACACAUAGCGUCUUUUGUGGAAUGCUUACGAUUGCCGCAGCUGGUUACUCCUGCCCUAAAUGCUACAUUGGUAACCCCAUUUACCAGAGAAGAGGUAAGGGCGGCUGUGUUUUCAAUUGGUGAAUACCAAGCUCCAGGUUCGGAUGGCUUUAUAUGUAUGUUUUUUCAAUCUUUUUGGGGUUUGGUAGGUGAUUCUGUUGUGGCGCCAGUUCUGGAAUUUUUUCAAUCGAUUCACUUGCUUCCUAAUUUUAAUCAUACUUGGAUAACCUUAUUACCAAAAGUACCUAAUGUAGAGACAAUGCGUCAGAUGCGCUCAAUUGGUUAUGCAAAGUUCCUUACAAAGUCAUAUCGAAGAUUUUGACUGCUAGACUGAGGAAAGUUUUACCUAAAGGUAGUAGGGCCUUUCCAAAAUGGUUUUAUAAAGGGUAGUUGACAUAAGAUAAUAUUUUGGUCGGGCAGAAAGUCAUGCAUUUUUUGAAAACAAAGUCCCAAUGCCGAGAUAAAUGGAUGGCCUUGAAGUUAGAUAUGGAGGAAGCUUAUGAUAGGGUAGAUGAGAGUUUCUUUUCGCUAUUAUGUGUAAUAUGGGUUUCUGUGACCAAUGGUUGAGCUGGUUGAAGGCUUGUGUCACUACAGUCUCCUUCUCAGUUUUGCUAAAUGGAGCCCCUCAUGGUUUCUUUCAUCCUGGAUGUGGUUUAAGACAGGGAGAUGCCCUUUCCCCUUCACUUUUUGCUCUUUAUGCUUAAGGUUUCUCUACAUUGAUUAACCAAGUUGUUGAAGCUAAUUUUCUCCAUGGGUUGAAAAUUCAUCAUCGCUGCUCACAGUUGUCACAUUUAUUUUUUGCAGAUGAUUCGUAUCUUUUUCUUCAUGCUACCAUCUCCGAAUGCAAUAAUUUACUUACUCUUCUUGCUUCCUAUCAACAGUUCAGUGAUCAAAAAGUGAAUCUUCUAAAAUCUACUGCUUCAUUCAAUGCUAAUGUAUUAGAGAGGAGGCCAAUUCUAUCAUUUCAUUGUUGAGUGUUGCUCCCAAUGGUUCAACAUAUCGCUCUAUAGGUUUACCAACAAGAAUUUCCAUAUCUAAAUUGGAAACAUUCCAGUACAUUGAGGAUAAUUUGGUUGCUCACCUUCAACAAUGGAAAUCCAAGGCCCUUUCUUAGGCUGCCAAAGAAACGUUACUUAAGUCUGUUGCUACUGCUCCUCCUGCUUAUGCUAUGCUUAGCUUCAGAAUGAUUGUUACCUUUUGUCGUAGGCUUAAUGAUCACUUGGCUAGGUUCUGGUGGGGUCAACAAGAUCAGAGGGAGAGUAUGAAGUGGACAUCAUGGCGUGCUAUAUGUCGUCACAAGAUUCUAGGUGGACUCGGUUUUCUUGACUUCAACAACAAUAAUAUUGCACUUCUUGCAAAGCAGGCUUGGAGAAUCUUACAAAACCCGGAUAACAUGCUUACAGUCAUGUAUAAGGCCAAAUAUUUUUUCCAGACUUUAUUUUUGCAGGCGGUUUUAGGGUCUAGGACUUCUUGGGAUUGACACGGUAUUUUGGAAGGUCUUGAUCUAUUGUUGCAAGGCAUUGGGUGGAAAAUAGGGUCUGGUACCUUGGUCCACACGACAGAGGAUGUCUGGCUUCCAAAAACUCCACCCUUUCGUCCUCGGUUGCUUCCGCAAGUUUGUCUUCAUACGUCUCAAGUUUCUUCUUUGAUUGACCAUUCAGUGGGUGCAUGGAGGCUGCCACUUCUGUACUUCUUAUUUGAUCUGGAAACGGUAAAGGUAAUCUGUAACAUCCCUUCACCUACUUUUCCCAUGACUGAUCGUAUUGUUUGGCAUUAUGAAAAUUCCGGCGAAUAUUAUGUUAAGUCGGGUUAUCAUCUCGGCUCAACUGAUUUUGUUAGAGACCUUUCUACCACACCAAGUCUCUUUGAUUCCAAGUCUUGGAAAGAUAAACAUAUAUAAACAACAUGAUUAAUUGACAGCUCCUUCCUCCUUGUCAACUAAGUAUCUUCACUCUCCACUCCACAAUAUCAACUUCAUCUCCACUCAAUAAUAUCAACUUCAUCGUACACAAUUAGAAAGAUCAAAUUAGACAUGACUCCACAAACAUAAAAAAGAUUAGUUGUUUAAGGAAGAUAUAUUGUUUGGGUAAAUUGCAAGGUUGGUCAUUGGGAUUACUAAAAACGUUCAAGUUUGGUCAAUAAAAAUGUUUAAUUCCAUUCAUGGUCACUAGAUUUAGUAAAACAUGUCAUGUUUGGUCACUCUCCGUCCAACUCCGUUAAUUCUGUCUGAUGUGGCAUUAACUCUAAGAGUUGACCGUUAAAUGUAUGACGUGGCAAUUAAAAAAUAAAAAAAAAUUUAAAUUUCCACAUCAUUUUUAUAAAUAAAAUUAAAAUUAAAAAUUAUACAUUUUAAUUCUCUAAACCUCACCCCUUUUUCUCAUACCCGAGAUUUCUAGCUCUCACAAAUCCCAAAUCCUGGGCCGCGACGAAGGGGAAGGAAUGGCGAGCAGUGGGAUAUGGAGGGUUGGUUGCGCAGGAGCAGUGUACUGUAGCGAGGGAAGAACAGGUGAGGUGGAGCUCUCAACUGGAAGCCGACAAGCCCACUACCCGAGCCACCGCGAUGGGUCGGAGUGUAGACGACGGUGGGCGGGCUAAUUGCAAUCCGCAGAAGAGAGAGCGUGAUCGGCGUGAAGCCCGACCACACAAACACAAUGGUGACUGACUGGUGAGAGUCCUCCUUCUCCUCCCCAUCAGCCCUUCGUAUAGGUGAGCCAACACCCAGAAUAGUCUCGGUGCCCUCUUCCCCCUAGAAUCCACCGACCUUGUACUGUAAAUACAUCAAACUCCCUGUACCACGAACAGAGGCUUCAGGAAUUCCUUUCGCUUGAAAUUGACAAGUGGAACGGGUGGAUGCUUGACGACUUUGGCUAGGGAACAGGUGCGCUUGAAAUUGACAAGUGGAACAGGGGCCAGUCGCAUACCAAGGCCACCGUUUCUCAUCCACCGCCAGUCACCGUCAUACACGAGAGCUUCGCUACUUUCCCGUUUUGGCCGGUUGAUUGGUUAGAUUUAAGGUUAAUCUUGCUUUUGCAUGUUCCUAUUUUCAUGAAGCCUUUUCUUUUCAUGAUUCGCCUGUGAAGCUUUUCAACGAAAUGGGCUCCUUAUUCCAGAACCCCAUUUUUAAUCUGAAUCUUCUAGUUCCCUGGGCACUGGGUUUCUUUCAAUUCAUAGAGGUAUUUGGAUUAGCAGAUAUUGACUUGGGGAGGAUACAAAUUGUAGUAGUUGCUAUGGCGCAACAAAUCGCCUCUUCAUCCCUCACUACUUCAAUCGUUGUCACCGCUGCUCCGGCGCAACCAACCCUCUGUCUCCCGAUGUUCGCCAUCUCUUCCCCUUUGUUGCGGUCCAGGAUUUAGGAUUUGUGAGGGCUAGAAUUUCGGGUCUGAGAGUUGGUGAGGUUUAGGAAAUGAAUUAAGUUUUUAUUU